AUGGUUACAACAAUCUUUACCAAUGGACGUAUUCUCUGUCCCGGCUUAUGGGGUACCUUUGUCUCUACGUUAGUAGUCGAAGAUAACCAUAUUGCGCACGUCGGCUGGGACAAUGAGCAGGCGGUUGUUAAGGUUCAAGCGACAGCAUCGACAGUAGACUUGAAGAAUCGAAUCGUUCUCCCGGGCUUUAUCGAUGGCCAUGUGCACAUCCUCAAUUUCGGCAUGUCGCUGCAGAAACUUGACCUUCUGCCUUGCAAGAACCUCGCAGAUAUCCGAAAUUCCAUCACUUCUUAUGCAAAAAGUCACCCAUCGGAUCCACGCAUUCUGUGCCGAGGUUGGGUCCAGUCGGUUACGGAUGGCAACGCUCUGGCAACAGUCUUAGACGACCUAGAUCCGCGACCUAUCUACAUCGAGGCAUUGGAUCUCCACUCAACGUGGUGCAAUACUGCCGCUCUCAAAGAGCUAGAGGCUGAUUCAAAGCCCGACCCUCCAGGAGGAAAGAUUCAUCGCUGCCAAAAUGAUGCUCCAUCUGGUUUACUCGAAGAGGCGGCGCAGUUCGACAUCGUCUGGCCAUUUUUAGACCGAGUCACAUCCAUGGAGAAGAAGGUGUCUGCGAUUGAUGCUGCGAUCGGUGCACAUCAACGUGCUGGGUAUACUGGACUGGUGGAUAUGGCCAUGGGAGAAAGUGAGUGGACUGCGUUGAAUAUCUACAGAAAUCAACGUGGUGGGCUUCCAAUUCAUGUGGCGGCACACUGGUUAGUGCCCUACUCGAAAUGUGAUGCCGAUAUCUGCAGUCAUAUUGAUCGUGCCAUUGAGCUUCAACAAACCUUCAACCGCAAAAGCUCCCCGGAUUUUUGUAUCAACGGCAUCAAGCUCCUCUGCGACGGCACAGUGGACGGAUGUACAGCGGGACUACACCAGCCAUACGGUGGAUCUGCCGAGAUCAUCGAUCCCAUCUGGCCUGCCGAUGCUCUUGCGGCAGCUAUUCGCCGUGCCACUGAUGCCGGCCUGCAGUGCGCUAUUCAUGCAAUCGGGGAUCGAACAGUGCAGCAGGCUAUUGAUUGUUUAUCCCAAAUUCCAAACCUGCGAUCCCGUCGUCAUCGCAUCGAACAUUUAGAGAUAACAACCCCCGAAGAUGCGAAAAGGCUCGGCCAACUCGGAAUAGUGGCAUCAGUCCAGCCCGUCCAUUUAGACCCAGCGACAUUUGACGGAUGGCCGGAGAUGCUUGGGAUUCAGCGUUGCAAGCGGGCUUUCGCUUACCAAGAGUUUGUCGAUGCCGGUGCUCAUUUAGCCUUUGGGACCGAUGCCCCUACUGCGGAACAUCACGCACUGCCUAAUAUUUAUGUUGCUACUACUCGGCGGUCGUCUAUCAAUCCCUCCUUGCAAGAUACCAUCAAUCCCGAAUUUGCCGUUUCCCUCGCGACCGCAGUCUCGGCAGCUACUGCGGGGGCUGCGUAUGCGUCUUUUUCAGACUCGUGGACAGGGAGCCUACGUCCGGGAUUCGAUGCCAAUUUUGUUGUGCUAGAUAUGAUCUGGGACACGGAAUCUCUUUUGGAAGCUCGGGUGUGCCAAACCUGGUACAAGGGAAAGAAGGUGUUUGAUGAAGAGGCAGGUGACCGGUGA